GAUAGCGGGGGUGGAAUUUCUGGCAUUCUGGGUGGCUUUUCAUGCUGUGGCAGAGAAGGCUUGAGCAGACACCUAUUUUGACCUUGACCGGGGUUUGACUUAAAUCCAAUCGCUUGCAGAUGCAUAUUUCGCUAGAACGCUACAUUUUCAUAAUAGCGCGUGCAGAUGGCUGAUGCCACCAAAUGGGAAAUGCCGAUCGAUGUGGUUGGAAGUCGGAAGUUAUUGGCCACAGGAAGGGGCUGCAGGGUCUUUGCUCGUGUUCGUGCAUGAUACGAGGCUGACGCCUUCAAUAAUGAUUCGCUGGGCGCCCGGGCUCGCUCAUGCGAUACCCCGGACCCAACCAGGGGUAAAGCGCUUUGUCACCACACCUUUAGUGAUGUUAGAGCAUGAGUGUCAUGUGCUGUUGCUGUCCUUCUCUGGAAGUGAUGGGGCUGAGCACUGGAAGCCCAAGCGCACUAAGGCAGCUACAAGUCAGAUUUGUACCAUAUUUUUGUAUCAUGGCCGGCGUGCCUCACGCCUCCCACGUUCCACCGCGUUCAGUACCUGUCCCGCGACGCGGUUGCGGCUGGGCUUCUGGGCUGUAAUGCGGGCCAGAAACAGCAAUGAUGUGUUCCAUGCGAAAGGACGAUGUUUCUCCGUCCCUGAGAACGGCCUCCCACGAACCCAAGAUCUGGAGUCAGAGCCUUACCGUGAAUCCGGUCCCGAUGCCCCACUCCCCACAUCGAGUCUAGAUGUUUUGGAUCGAGGGAUGCUGUCAUGCUUUUAUGCUUCCGUGCUUUAGAAAAGCGUCACGAGCCGUCCGAGGUCAACCAGGUCAGUGACGUCGGAACAAUUUGAUCGAAAGCUGGUGCACGAUGCAUUUCAUGACUGCAAUAUUCCAUGCGCAGAUUUCCACUUAGAAGUCUGUCAACCACUCCGGGGAGUGCGCUUUAGUUCAAUCAGUUGACCAUCAAGGGUUGUUGAUCCUUCUCGAGGUACUGCAAUACGAGAUGUGGCGUUGCAGGCAAACGAAGCCAGGAGUGCUGCACCGAGCUUCGUGACGUUCGGAAAUCCCGUCAGGCUACUUCU